GCUAAGAAUAAGAAAUUGACAUUUUAAUUAAAAAAUAAAAUAAUUAUAUUAAAAGUCAACAUAUUUUUGAUCUAAUAUAUAUAAUUAUAUAUUAUACUUAUUAAUUUAAUUUUCAAUAUGGAAGAUUUUUGUCCAACUAUGCAAAGAUGUGACGUAAUGGAACUACUUCCAUUCUUUUUAGAUAUUCCUGUAGAUUCUCCACCAGUAAAUGUGACACCAUCAAGAUUAUUAAGUGAACUUCAAAUGCCGAUGCAAAAACGAUUUGAACAACUAACUAGAACCACGAGAAAAAGGAGAAUUCUAACAGAAGUUAAUACUUUCAUGAAAACGCCGGACAUAAUAGUUUUUCAGAAUUUUGAAGCUUAUGAAACAUAUAAAACUACACUUACAUUCGUAAAUACCAAAUCAACAUCCAAAAAUUUUAAAAUUGGUUUAGCCUACAAAUCACCAUUUUUCAGUAUAAUUCGUCCAGGAUCAGAUUAUGAUUUUCUCAAAAUUGCACCUGGAAUUGCUUACGUAAUAAACAUUAUUUUUACACCGACAGAAAUGCGAGACUACGUAGCCAAAUUAAUUUGUGAGACAAACGAAGAAACUAUGACAAUUCCCAUUUAUGGGAUAGGCACCAGACCUUUACUAAAAAUAGUUGAUGAAAUCAAACUGAAUCCUACAGCAGUAAGAGUCAAAUCCGUAAAAUCAAUCUUGCUACAUAAUCUUGCAGAUAAAUCUGGACAGUAUCGAGUAACUGUAGAAGAACCUUUCGAUAUAAUUCCACAAAAAGCAGUUCUAGAAUCAAAUAAAGCACACGAAUUGAAAGUUUUUUGUACUCCCGUUACAGAAGAGAAAAAUCUUAGCAGUAAAGUUAUUUUACACUGCGAUGAUUUGAUUCUGAAAAUACCUGUUACAUGCGAAGUACAAGAAGCUGAUAUUUCUUUGGAACGCUUUUCUCUUAAUUUUUUUGAAGUUUUUGUAGGCCUUCAGAACUGUGGCACUACGACAGUUCACAAUAACAGUCCAUUUACUGUCGAUUUUCGUUGGAAAUUAUUAGAGAGUGAAAAUGAAGACAUUGAAACAAUAAAAAGUAUGCUUAAAAAUUUAAAAAGUUUAACUGAAAUGGAAAAACAUAAAUAUGCCAAGCUCCAAUAUCACGAUAUUAUAAAUGCCGAAGGACACCAACAAAUACUUGAUUAUAAGUUCCGGGAAAUGGCGGAAAAUAUUAAUGAGGAAUAUAAAUUGUUGUAUAAAAAUGAUGCAUUCAGCAUAAUACCAUUGGAAGGCAAAAUCUUACCACAUCAGUCUUUUGAUUUUAACCUAAUAUUUGCUCCAACAAAAAACGAUGUAUACCUUAGUUCCGCUUAUCUAGAUGUAACAGGAAGAUAUGAAAGGUUCCAUUUAAAUCUGUCUGGUGUAGGAAGAGGACCCUCUGUUGUAUUUAAUGUUAAUAAACUGAAUACAGGCACCAUUUUUCUGGAAGCGGAGCAUGAAUAUCAAGUGAUAGUGAAAAACGAGGGAUGCAUACCUGCAACGGUGAUUUUUCAAAAGACAGAAUCCGAAUUUGGAGGUGAAAUUGGAUGUAUUCCAGAAAAUCAGUAUCUGAAGAAGAACGAUUCUUGUAAACCAUUUGUAGUAAAAUUUUCGUCUCCUGUACAAGGACCUUUCGUUGAAAAAGUGUAUUUUAAAAUUAAGGAAUCUCAAGAAUUAAUAUUCUUUCUAUUGGUAGGGAAUGUGGUUUGUCCGUUGUUAAAACCAGAUGUAGACAAAUUAGAUUUUGGUCAUAUGGCUUUUGCAACUGAAAUAAGAAAACAAGUUAAUUUGACCAAUCCUUCUCAAGUUCCAAUAGAUUUUCAAGUCAAAAUGUCAAAAAUUAAUUAUUCAGAAAUGCUAUUCGAUGGGAAAAAAGAAAAAAAACAAGACUUUUCUUAUUAUCCGACAGAAGGCGUUGUCGCUCCAUAUGCAUGUGUUGCUGUAGAGGUAACGUUGUUUACAAAUGUGAUAGACAGCGUUAAUGAAACUAUGAUCAUUUGCAUGUACGGUUCGGAUGUUUAUAAAAUUGAAAUACCCUGUAGCUAUACAUGCUUAAUUCCUACUAUCACAUGCGAUCCCCAAGACAUUUAUAUUACGUUUUGUUUUUUGAAUUUUGUAUACAAGAGAACACUUACUUUUACCAACGAAACAGGUCUCACUGGACAGUUGAAUUAUACACCUAUGGAAGAACCAAAAAAUAUGCAACUAAGUUUAAGCCCAACUGAGAUUUUAAUACCGCCACAUGAUAAAUUUGAAGUUGACUUGACCAUUACUACAGAUGUCUUAGGCUUGCAUGAAUACCCCUUAAUGUUUACUUUAGUUGGACAAGAAACCCCUACAAAGUACUGUAAUUUAAAAUGCAAUGGUCAAGGACCUGUUGUAUCAUAUUUUCCAGAUAACAUCAACUUUGGACAGGUCCAAUUGCUAACGACAGCAGUUAAACAGAUGUCAAUUAUCAACGACUCCCCAAUUAAAGCCAAAAUAUUUUUGACAUCGACUAACAAAGCUGAGGUCCAGUUGCCAAUAGAAGAACUUGACCUUUUUCCAGAAUGUGAGGUACAAGUUGACGUCAUUUGUUAUUUAACAGAAGAUGGGAAAUUUGAUUGUCAGAUAUUUGUGGACGUUGAAAAUGGAGAGAAUAUAGUAAUAAAGGUGAAUGGAGAAGGAAUUGGAUAUCCCCUACAGUGUGUUCCGAAAUUGGAACCAGAAUAUGAUUUGGGUUCUCAUCUCACAUACCUCACGAAUAAACUGCCAGUUGCCAUAUCAAAUUUAGGUAGAAAGUACUAUCGGAUUUAUUGGUCAAGAAAAUCUUAUGUAAAAUCUCUUAAAGAGCUGCUAGCUGAAUUGGAAGCUCCUCCAUCACCAAACGCAAUAUUUUGGUUUGAACCAACUUAUUUGGAACUUGGAGAGAAUUCUACUGAGAGUAUAGAUAUAUGUGCUCGUUCAAAAACAGCGCAUUAUUACGAAGAAUCAUUUUAUAUGUACGGAACUAUAGAUCCUAACUCCAAAUCUAAUUGUUUACAGGUAGUGAUACCUAUUAUGACAGUUCUAUUGAAAGUGAAGUUCAUAGUACCAGUUAUGUCGUUUUCUACCCAACAUUUGAAAUUUGUGGAAAUGCAUGUCCCUUCAUUUCGCGAUCCUUAUUGCACUGCAGAUGAACAAGGAAUUCCGUUGGAGUCAAUUUCUACACGUGAGGUGGUAAUAAAAAAUGAAGUUGAAAUACCUUUAACACUAGUGAUGCGUACCACCGAUGACUUCCUUAUAAAGCUCUAUCAGGAUGAAUAUGAAGACACGUAUUAUCAUAAACUGGAAGUUGGAAGGGAAGUAACUGUAGUAAUCGAGUUUCAACCACAGCAAUUUUCAAAACGAUAUAUAAAGAGUGUCGGAAAAUUAAUUGUUAACAUACCCGAAUAUCCUAAAACUGAGUCAAUAUUUUUAACCGGCGAAAUGUGUUAUCCUUCUAUUCAGUUUCUUCCACAAGAAUUAGAUUUUGGAUGUUUAGAAAUUGGCUCAUACAACGUCAGAACCAUUAUUAUGCAGAAUGUUACAUUUUUACCUGUAAAAUAUUCAUUGAAUUUGUUAACAGAUACCUUUCAUCUUCAACAAUUGGCAGAUGUAACGGACGACUCUGAAGAUUCUGAUACAGUUGAUGAAACACUUUUGUGCAAAAAUUCAUCGUCUGAUUUGCCCGAAUUCUCCGACGAUAGUGCUGAAGAUACAAUAUAUCCCGAAGAAAAAGUACUUACUUUAUCAGAAGAAAAUGUAAAGGAAGACGAGUUUAUCCUGGUUAAAUUAAAAGACUAUAAGAUUAAUAAAAAAGAUUUUGUCGGACAAAUUUUAAAAGUUUCAGAUAGGUUAGAAUCAAAUGAAGAUCAAAUCUACACCGUCAAAUUUUUGAGAAACUAUUAA